AAUAUGCCGAAAUAUGUGCAUUUUGAUAGCAACAUCAGCUGUAACAUGUAAAAAAAAAUUGCAUGACAAAUAAUACGUAUUUGUCUAUUUUUGAUAAGUCGCGUGUUCAUUGAUAAGGAGAUGACACGAAUAUUUCUCGCGUCUCCAAUAAAUGGCCAUGGACGCCCAAGUUAUGUCCUACACCAAUCUACGCGAACAUCUGUGAAUUGAUGGAAACGAAUUAUACGAUACACAUGCUUAUUCGAUUGAGGGAGUGACAGACCACGUUGUUCCACCAGGCGAGCCGAUUGGCUGCUGGAGUCACUUCGACGCGAUUAUUUUUCUACUUUUCCGUUACGCAAUAACCUGUUCCGAGACACACAUAUAUAAAAGUAUGUGUGUGUCUCGAGACUUGAAGUGAUCCAGUGGUUAAGCGGGGACGAACCAGUCUUCAAUGUCAUAUCCCAGGCAGUAUAUGUUCAGUCAGCAGGUCGUCAAUAUCGCCGGCGAAUUUUUCGAUUCUACGUCUAUAAGACCAUUUGAAAGGAAAAAAAGUGAAGAAUGAACUCGUCUGUAUUCAGAUCGGCCUUCCGAAAUAUUCCGCAGAAAUUAACGCAAAAGCGUAAAAUACAUUUAUGUGUUGCGUCAAGAUCCCAUCAUCCUCUGACACAAUUUUCGGAAGAUGAACUUAUGAUGAAAGAAACCGUUACUAAACUAGCUAAGGAAGACAUUGCCCCGCUUGUUCGAAAAAUGGAGAAAGAGGGAAAAAUAGAUGACGGUCUCUUGAAGAAGCUUUUUGAGAAUGGCUUGAUGGGCCUCGAAAUUCCGACAGAUUACGGCGGCACAGGUGCUAAUUUCAUGAGCACAAUUCUUACGGUCGAGGAAGUCGCCAAGAUCGACGGUGCUGUAGCCGCUCUUGUUGACAUUCACAAUACUUUAGUGAAUUCGUUAAUUAUUAAAGUCGCCUCUGAAGAACAAAAGCGAAAGUAUUUACCUAAAUUAGCACAAAAUUAUGCUGGUAGCUUUUGUCUAACGGAACCCGGUUCGGGUUCGGAUGCAUUUUCUCUGAAGACCGAAGCGAAAAAAGACGGUAACGAUUAUGUGAUAAAUGGUACGAAAAUGUGGAUCUCGAAUUCCGACAUCGCGGGACUUUUUCUGGUUUUCGCUAACGCGGAUACCUCUUCGGGAUACCGCGGCAUUACGACAUUCUUCGUGGAACGCGAUACGCCUGGUUUAACAGUAGCUAAGCCCGAGGACAAGCUAGGUAUCAAGGCAUCUGGAACUUGUAUGGUCCACUUUGACAACGUCAGGAUACCUGAAAGCAACAUUUUGGGUCAGUUUGGACAUGGAUACAAGUACGCUGCUGGAUUCUUGAACGAGGGUAGGGUCGGUAUAGGGGCUCAAAUGAUCGGCAUUGCUCAAGGAUGUUUGGACGCGACUAUACCAUACACGCUGGAGAGGAAACAAUUUGGAAAGGACAUUUUUUCAUUCCAAUCGAUGCAACAUCAAAUAGCUCAAGCCGUAACCGAAGUAGAGUACGCUAGAUUGUUGGUUUACAAUGCAGCUAGAUUAGUGGACGCUAAGAAAGAUGUUAUGAAAGAAGCAGCCAUGGCCAAGUUAAUCGCAUCCGAGACUGCAGUGCGUGUCACCGCCAAGUGCAUAGACUUUAUGGGUGGCGUUGGAUUUACGACAGAUUUUCCUCAAGAGAAAUUCUUCCGAGACUCAAAGAUCGGCACGAUAUACGAGGGGACGAGCAAUAUGCAGCUAUCAACGAUUGCAAAAUGCAUACGCAAAGAUUACUCGUAACAAUUCUGGCCGCGUUUGGUAUGAACCUUGAACGUAUGGUUUAUAUUUAGCUCAUACGAUGUAUUAUAACUAAGAGACAAAGUAUACACACAUACACACAUCAUUAUUUGAAAAACAUAUUUUGUAGUCAUUUUGAUUUUUGGUUUAGCGCCGUAUUCUUUCUGGAUUUAUUUCUGAUGUUUCGUGAAUAUUUCAGUUCAUCGAUACCAUAUCAGGUUGCUCUCUUCCUUGAUGAAGUGAACUGAAAUAUUCUAAACACAUCAGAAAUAAAGCUGCAAAGGACGCGGCGCCAAACCGGAAAACAAAAUGAGUAUCUGCCCAUUCCAUGGAAGUUUCAAAUAUCAAACAUAUUUUGUACUUUUAUACGACUCAAUGAAGUUUAGAAAAAUGUG